UUUAGGUUUAGUAGUUCCAAACGCAAGUUUUAUUAUGGGAUUAUUUCAUGGCGUUAUAGAGUUUGGUGACUUUGGUCUUUAAUAUUAACCUAAUGAAUUUCAGAAAAUAUUUAUCUAACAACUUGAUAGAUUACGGAGUGAGGAAUUAAUCAAGUAAACAAUUACAUAUUAAAAUACCAUUUGCAGUCUUUUAUUAAAACCUGUUGAAUCUUUAGCAACUUUUCUACAUAUUGCCCAAUUUUUCUGACUUGUGUCUUUUUAAAUAUCUCUUCCGUGUCAAAAAUAGUUUGUGUGUUCUUGAUUAUACGUAAAUUCAUCUGGGCAUCUCUUAAUUUUUUCUAAUCGUUAACCUUAAUUACAACCUCACGAUCUGUCUUAAUCGUGUCUUAAUCGUGUUUUUACUUUAUCCUCUUUUUAUUGCAACAUUAGAGAGUUUUGUGUGUUGCAGCUUUAUCGGUGUGUAAGAAAAAGACUUAUAAGCAAGCAGUUGAAGUGGUGGUUGAGGUUUCGGUUUCAUUUCCACGAGAUCUCUUUGGCUUUCUUGUUGAGAUCUUUCCACAAGAAAGUUUAGUUGUUUUCUUCUUCCUGUGAUUUCUUCGCCUAAUUUUUUCUGGAUUUAAAAACACGAGAAGUCAAGGUGAAAUAUUAUCGAAGUCUCUGAAUCUGUUUUUGAAUGGAACCAUCAUCUGGAACCGGUCCUGAGAAGAGACCAACCGUUGACUUGGUCAAGGAUAGAAAUGGAACGGAUCAGAUUCUUCUUCAGAAUCCUAGAGGCGCCUCUGUAAAGGUUAUAGCUUUUGUAUUUAUUCUUGUUUCAUUUUGGUUCUCCUAUGUUAUUGGUUGUGUUUACGAAAGUAGAAUCAUUCUUCGAUGCAAGAUUCAGGAUUAUAGGAUAAGAUGUUGACUUUUAAGAUAUGCCCACUAACUGUUCGAUGUUAUGCCUCUUCCAAACUCUUGAUACAUUUAAAUUGGUCCAAAAGGUCUUAUUUUGGGGGAAAAUUGUGUAUUUGGUUCUUAGUAUCAGAGUGUUUAUAAGCGUGUUUGAUUGCUCUGUUUCUACUGGUUAUUUGGGUUCUGAUUCUUGAAAGUUGAAGGCCUAGUUCGUAGUUGUGGCUUUAAACUCUCUUAACAAGACAAAUCUGAUAGCUUUAGAUAUAGUUUUGAUGUUGUUGGCCAUGGAAACUUUGGCUUUUAUGAUUCAUGGACCACAUUCAUAAGCAUUUCCAUUUCGCUUAUUGAACUGACGGUUUGUUUAUGAUUCAGAUUAGUUUACAUGGAGGACAAGUUCUUUCAUGGAAGACUGACAAGGGUGAUGAAUUGUUAUUCAACAGCACCAAGGCCAACUUGAAGCCUCCCCAUCCGGUACGAGGAGGAAUCCCUAUAUGCUUUCCUCAGUUUGGAACUCGGGGAUCACUUGAGCAACACGGGUUUGCAAGAAACAAGAUGUGGCUUGUAGAAAACAAUCCACCUGCUUUACCUUCAUUUGACUCAACUGGAAAAGCCUAUGUUGAUUUGGUGCUUAAGUCAUCUGAUGAAGAUACGAUGAGGAUCUGGCCUUACAGCUUUGAGUUUCAUCUGAGAGUCUCAUUGGCAUUAGAUGGGAACCUAACACUGAUAUCACGAGUCAGAAACAUCAAUUCAAAGCCUUUUAGCUUUUCCAUUGCUUACCACACUUACUUCUCCAUUUCCGAUAUUAGUGAAGUUAGACUUGAAGGGCUGGAAACUCUUGACUAUCUUGAUAAUAUGCAUGAUAGAGAGCGGUUCACAGAGCAAGGCGAUGCAUUAACCUUUGAAUCAGAGAUCGAUAGAGUGUACCUAAAUUCUAAAGACGUGGUUGCCAUUUUCGACCAUGAGAGAAAACGCACAUUCCUCAUCAAGAAAGAAGGUCUACCUGAUGUCGUGGUAUGGAAUCCAUGGGAGAAGAAAGCGAGAGCAUUGACGGAUUUGGGAGAUGAUGAGUAUAGACACAUGUUGUGUGUGGAUGGAGCAGCCAUUGAGAAACCCAUCACCUUGAAACCGGGUGAAGAAUGGACCGGGAAAUUACAUCUCUCGCUUGUUCUUUCCACCUAAAACCCGGUACCGGUUAUCACAAACUCUGUGUCUUUCAUUAUCUUGUCUUGUGGGCUAUUUUUUUUGUUUUAGUCUAUAGAACAUCACAGUGUGUGUGAUUCGUCGGUAUCAAAAAUCCGAAAUAUUAAAAGGAAACCUGAGAUUUGAAAAGGUCACCCAUUUUUAGGAAGUGACUAGAUCUCCUGGUUUUGUGCGAGAUUUAACUUGUGUAUGAAGACAAUGUUAUAUACUAUAUUGAAGUUUGUACUUAUUUGAUGAAAUCUUCAAUAAUACUAGAUUUUAACCCGCGGUAUAUCGCGGGGACAA